GAAAGAUUAGAAAAAAUAUUUUAGGGAAACGUAGUCUGCAAGCAAUGUAGCUAGCUAGGGCAAUUAAGAUUAGAUAAGAACAAGAGAAUAGUCAUAUCGUUUUCGACACAUGUAUUCAUGAAUAGUAAAUAGUAUAAUAUAGAUUUAGGCAUACUGUACUAUAAAUUAGCUAGUACAGCUAUGAUAAUCGUUAUUGAGCUAGCUAACUUUCUAACGUUAGCUACAGCAUGCUAGCUAACUGUUAACAGUGGCGAACGUGGGCUUGCUACACAAUAAUGAUAGCGCCUAACAGGGUCGGUUCUGCUGGGACUGGAUAGUUGGCACAGCGGUUGUUUUUAUUUGAUGGUCGACCUAGCUCGUUGCAGGUUGUGUUGAAGGAUUUGGUUUGUCAAAUUAACGUUAGAUGGAUUGUUUUGAAUGAGAAGAAGCGCGUACACAGAGUUGUUGCUGAUUGAAAGGAAGGGAAGUGCGGACGUGGGAUAGUUAGCUAGGCACUUUUAGCUAGCUGUUAUGCUAACGUUAGAGAAGGAUACGCAUAGAUGAUCUGCUAGUUGGCUAGGUAAAUUGGUAGCCGUGUUGAACAUUUUAAGAAGGCACAUUGGAAGUCAUUGUUAAAGUGAAAUAUGAAGAUCAUUGAAAGAAAUGUGAUGCGUCUGGCUGUUGUGCAACACCUUCGUGCUGCUUAUGGGAUAAAGACGAAGAAUUGGAAUAAAAACAAAGCUCACACCAGCUGCAAGUUGACAGUUAGCUAUUCGGUGAAAGUGUUUGGUGUGCCGCUGGAGAGCCUUCCGCAGUACAGUGUGGAGAAUGGCAGUGUACCGUGUUUUCUCAUGGAUGCGUGCACAAGUCUGCUGGAACAUGUGGAUACAGAGGGUUUGUUCAGAAAGUCUGGUUCCAUUGUCCGCCUGAAAGCACUCAGGGCGAAGUUGGAUAUGGGUGAGGAGUGCCUGUCCACUGCCCUGCCGUGUGAUGUUGCUGGCCUGGUCAAGCAGUUCUUCAGGGAGCUACCAGAUCCUGUUCUGCCCACAGAGCUGCAUGAUGCCUUCCUCAAGGCCCAGCAGCUGCCCACAGAGGAGGAGAGGACCUCUGCCACCCUGCUGCUGUCCUGUGUACUGCCUGACAGAAACAUGAGCAUCCUACAUUACUUCUUCGCCUUCCUCCACAAAGUCUCUCAGAGAAGUGGUGUGAAUAAGAUGGACAGCAGUAACCUGUCUGUGAUCCUGGCUCCCAACCUCCUGCACGCUGGAGACGGGGCAGACAAGAUGAACGCCAGCACAGAGAAACGCCUCAAGCAACAGGCAGCCGUGGUCUACUGCCUUAUAGAACAUGCUCUGGAUUUCGGUGUGGUACCUCAGUUCAUCAUGGAGAAGAUUCCAGCCAUGCUGGGCUGCGAGGCUGCUGUUCUCUCCCCUACUCUAGAUGGAUUCGAGGAGUUAGACACAAACUCUGGGACCAAGAGGAGACACAGGCGCAGUUUAGGAGAUAUGGUCAAUGGAGCUCGGAAUAAGUUAAAAAUAAAUAGAACACCCACAAAUACUCCCCAGUCAGACGGAUAUGUUUUUUCUUCAACUCCUGUGAUAAUUACUCCCAACUCCAAGAGAAAACUUCCUUUGGAAUCUGGUCAAAGUUAUGGCUCCAGCAAGAAACGGAGAUCCAUCAAAAAGAACCUUGUUUUAGAGUUACUACCUAAUGCUCUGUUUGGUGGAAGCUCUACUCCUGUACCAGGAUACACGGACCCCAGUGCUUCGGAAUCCCUGAACUCCUCCCAGAAUGCAUUGUCCUCAAUUGGGAGGUCCAGCAGGCAGUGUGCCAGCUCUGCAAGCAGAAAGAGCAAACGACUGAGUCACCGGCAUGUUGUCAACCGAGUGGAGUCAGGGAAAGCUGGUUGCUUCUCUCCCAAGGUCACCAAGAAAGAAAAUGUUUGUAAGUCCCUGCGCCUGCGCUUCAGCCUGGGCAAGAGCAGCAGAGACCCUAAAGAGGGUUCAGAGUCCAUUGGUUGGCGACUUGCCACUCAAGAGAGCACCACCAGUUUUCGUUUCACCAAAGAUGCCGAAUUUAGCCCGACUGUAUUGCGAAACAAGAGCUCGUCGAAUGGCUCCAAGUUCUACAGUAAGUCAGAGGACAACCUGCUGACCCCCCAGUGUGACGACGGCAGUGCCUUCCGGGCAUCCUGGAACGGGGAGACCCCUGACGAGGGUCUUGUCUUGGGCGAGGGCUCCUUCACCGACACACCCAUGAACAUGUGCCUGAACAACAACUACUACUCUGAGCCUGCCAUCGUGGUGGCCAAGCCCCCCAUGGUGGCCAGCUUCCCCAAGAAGCUGUGCUGUGGCUCCAGCGCUGAGAGCCUGGAGAGUGAGGGCUCGUUCAGCCAGUCCCAGACCGGGCCCACCUUGCUCAAGAUCAAAAGAGCCUUCACUGAGUCACACCACAGUGCCCCCUCAGGAGAGGACAAGGCAUCACACCCUGAGAACACUGAAACAGAUUCAACUCCUUCUGAAUCUUCAACACUCAAAGGUGCAUCACCAAACAAAGAGAGUUCUAGCAUGCCAACACCUCACAGGUGUCUGGCUGAUGACCAGAACAUCACAUUUGGUCAGAUCAAGUUUGUUCCUCUGUCUCCCUUGUCUAUAGACGGCACCCUAUUUGAAGUCGGAAGGAGUAGCAGUCUGUCAGAGAAGGCCUGUGACCAGUCGCUGUGUGCUGGUGACAGCGGUGACAGAUCCGUGGAGGGAGAGGCAGAGACUGUGGUUGACCAAGUGAACUGCAGUAGGCUGAUCGAUGCCCUGGACAUCCAGAGCCCUGCUCACUUCACACGCAGCAUGGCUGCUGGGGUCCAGAACACUCUAUACAGAGCCUCUGGGCUGGAGUACUUUCAAGAGCUCAACACCCCUCUACCCCCCAUGGGUACAGUAUCUGUAAUGGUAGAUGUGGCUGUGGCAUCCCCAGAGCCCAGCACCCAUCCCCAGAGGCAGGAGCAUCAGCAGGUGGAGCUUCCCUCCCCAGGCACCCUGGAGACCCGCAGGGUAAGGGUGGCAGACCACAUCCAGCGCUUCAACAAGCUCGUCCUGUAUUCACCUAAAUCACAGGCCAAAGCAGUCAGGUCCCCUCUCAAGUUCCAGCGUACUCCCGUGCGCCAGUCUGUCCGCAGGAUCAACUCUCUACUGGUGGACAGGAGGCCUGCAGUGGUUGGGAACACCUUCAGCCGGACCCAGGACACCCCUGUGGGGAAGGCUGUCAGCCUGGAGAGUGGCCUGUCUGCUGGGGCUCAGCUUCAGCCUUACCAGUGCCAGGCAGACAACCAGGGAGGCCCCCCAAAUUACAAGGGCCGCUCCACAAAAACCCGCCCUCCUCCUGUCCCACCCAAGAAGACAGCCAGCAUCAUGCGCAAGCCUAGGAAUUGCGCUCUAGGCGACGUGACCAACAAGGUACAACCUAAGGCCAAAGGUGACACACCCAUUAAGAACAGCCCAGGAGGUGAAGGUCAGAAGUCUGUGGUGCAGCAGGUGGCUGAGAGGGAUGUGUGUUGCUACAGAGGCUCCCCCAGGAACCCCCUCAACGAUGGCAGACUGCUGUCAGCCACCAAGCCCAUAGACCUCUAGUCUGGUAGAACUGCUCCCUUUACAAUGCAGGUCUCCCUAUCUGGAAAUAGACAGUCACCGUAUGACUCCAAAACAUUCCCCUCUAUGGUUUCAGGGUUUAAUUUAUUUUAAUUUCUAGAUGCUGUUCUCCGUGAGUUGUGUUUGGGGUGACUGAUCUAUGGCACCUUUUUUUACUCUUGUUGGUAAAAAUUGAGUUUUGCAAAUGCAUAUCAGUGUAAUGGAAUGAGUUUGUUUUGUAGUCUGUUCGACUAGUGUGAAAGCCAAUGUUCAACGGUUGGGUGUAUGGCUGGAAGUUUCCAGAUUUUAGAUGAGCUUUUACUUAUCUUUUCAUUGAGUUUGUCAUUUGGUAAAUGUCUACAAAGCAAACUGUUUCCCCUAAAAAAACAUUUCAUGUAUUUUCUUUAAAAAAUAUAUAUUUUGCAUUGGAUUAAACAUAUGAACCGAUCAAAGCACCUUUUGGGCAAAUUUAUUGAUAAAACCUUUCAAGCGAUAUUGAUUUAAUUCACCUCUGCAGUUACAGUCCUAGUAUUUCCAAUCUCUUCAGAAGUAUUGCAUUACCAUGUGAAUUUUUGUUAAAUAGAAAAAUUAAUCAAAACAUUCAGAACACUUGUUUUUUUAGUUGGGAAUAAUUCAUAAUACUGUGUGCAUUUCUCUGCACUAAUGCUGCAAAAGGAAAUUGUAUUAUAAUUUAAGGAAACAACACCUCGACAUCACUACUGGUCCUUAGAGUUUCGUUCCACAAGGGGGUGUACUAUAGUCACUUGUUUGGGCAGCUGCAAUGUAGCAUGGGUACUGUAUGUAAUUUGUCACUAGUCAGUGGCAAAACUUGACUAUAGGACCUAGGACUUCAGACUGACAUAUAUCUUCCCGUUUACGUUGUAUCAAAUCAAUAAAAUAGCAUCGCUUAAUACGCCCGACAUAUCUUCUGUAGUCCGACCGUUCUCGUCGAGGAAGAGCCAUGCUUUUUGAUGACGUUAUGAAUUAAUCAAACAGACCUGGCUGUGCUUCGGGCUGCCGCGCACACAGAGACCACUGGCAUUGACACGUGUGAAAUAAUGCAUAAAAUGAUGCGACCAGAAAAACAAAAAAACUUCACACAACCUGUGGUAACCUAACACCACGAUCACACCAUCACCAAUACCGACAACAGUGUCACAUCAAAGGUGACAGGCUCGUGGUGCUGAAACGACAUCGACUUUAAUACCUGUGCACUCCAUGGCUCUGAAGGAGAGAUCGUUUUGGUCACAUAGACACGGCUGGUAUGGUGACUGCAGUCACCCACAGCAUCAAAUAAUGUUAAAGAAUAUGCAGCCCAUUUACUCCCCAUGAAAUCAUAACAAUAAAAUUGCAUUGCAAAUAUAUUUUUAGAACGUUCUUCCCCCUAACCGGUGAUAUAAAGUAUAAAUGCAACAAUGUUUCAUGAUCAUUAUUUUCAGAGAGAUUGCUAACAGUAAGUGAGCUGCAACAACAACAAAAUGCCACUCACCAGGUGAUGAUUUGUAAACUAAGUUUGAAAGUUUAUCUUGAAAAGGGUGAUGCUAACAAAUUAGCAACAUCCACUUUGAAGUUGAUAAUAUCCACUGCAGCUGCUUUUGCCAUUGUCACACUACUACAACACAAGCUAGCUAACACUGAUCACAUUUACAUGCACACCAAUAUCCCAUUCUUAUUCAGGAUACUUAAGUAUUCUGUUAUUGAGUAGAUGCAUAUAAACACCAUACGUAUCCUGUUUACAAUAACCUGAAAAGGCUUGUAUCCAGGUUAUGAGAAACCCAGAUAAGAUGCCUGGGAUGUGCUGAUCUUAAAGGGGAUACUGUGCCAUGUAAACAUUUUAUCUCGUUUACUGUUUUUGUUUGCACAGGCUCAGUUGAGCAUAUCAUGGGUGUUGUGGGAUGUUUUCAUCUGAUGUUCAAACAAAUCACUUCAAAAAGUAGGUUACCUGUGCGUUUCCAUCCACUGUAAUUCCAUAAUUUAUUUUACAGAUACUUUGUACUGGACUGUAUAGCCUACUGGCUACUUUCACCCCUAAUUUAGAAAAGUUUCUGCUUAUAAUGUCUGACAUUUGGUAGGCCAUAUUAUAAUUUUUUACACUUGGGUGGCCAUUUGUUUAUUAGGUAUAGUUAGAUACAUGCAGAUUCUCUUCUGUCAUGACUUGUUGCCCCAGAAGACUAAAUAAAGUAGUACUCACCAGAA